AUGGCCUCACAGAAAAACUCGCGUUGCAUUUUAUCGUCCAUAAGGUUGAUAAUCCAAACUACCAUAACUGUGAUCGUCGUGGUCAAAAUUACCAUAAGAAUGGUCAUGGUGACCAUAAGAAUGGUCAUGAUGACCAUAACUGUGGUCGAAGUGAUGGUCUUCUAUGUAUUCGUGAUGGUCAUGCUUAUGUUUCUUGAGGUAGUGUAUGAACCAGAGGACGAACUGCCAUCCUUUUGUCACCAGAACGUAGAACAGGGCUCCAUAAACCAUUUUAAGAACGAUCAGCUUCGUCGCUACUACAUAAAAGAAGAAACUACCCAAUUCUUGCGAUGUGUUCACCGUUCACCGUUUGGAAGGAUUCCCAUCACCAUCCCCAAAAGUCCAUAUCCCCAAAAGACUAGCAACGCUCUAACUCCUUGGUGUUUUACCUCUGGAGACCGAGUGAAUAAAAGCCAUUAA